GUAAAAAAGAUUUAUUUAUAAAAAUGAUUUAUUCUAAAAUUGUUUUCUUGGAUAAAAAAAGUAACCAAUCAAAAUGUUUCAUAAGGAAAAAGCGGGAAAUCCACGUGGAGAAGAAAGCAAAGAAAAGAAGGUAUAAAACCAGAAGAUUAAAUACUUGAAAAGCAAGACAAUUUCUCAACAUGAAUCAAAAGUAUUUGUACAAGAGACGCAGUUGGAGCAAUAUAAAUGCUGGUGUGUUUCAUCGCAUUAAGAAACCUAAACCAAAGUUAAAACCUACCAUGGAAUUAUCUAAAUCGUUAGAUAAGAAAGAAAAUAUUAAAGAAUCAUCUAAUGUUAAAGGUAUCAGUGAAAUAGAUACUAGCACGCAAAUGAUCACCGAUGGAACACAAGCUCAUUCUCUCUCUAAUAUGCAAUUAAUUCAGAAAAAUAUUUUGCAUCCGACAAUUCCGCAAGGAUCUAAUGCACCUAAAAUACCAAACGUAACAGACGAUGCUACUGAUUUGAAAGUAGAUAAACCAGAGUUUGAAAAUAUAAUGAAGGAGAACAAAAUAGAUAACAUAUUGAAAAUAUUAGAAGAUGAUUGGGCUAAUGAUGAAUAUGACACAAUGGAUACUUUAAUUAACGAUAAUACUAAGAUUACCUUGUCUCCAUUAAAAUCUAACAUUUUACCAAACAAUGUUGGAACAACUUCGCCUAAUGAACUUAGCGAACUAACGUCUGCUAUGAAUAUUAUGGAUACAUCAAUUGUUGAUAAUACUAAAAAUCCUUUAUUUUCUUCUACUUUAACUGUUGACAGUAAUAUAACUAAAGUUGAGAAGGAAAACAAAGAAAAAUAUUAUCCUCUAUUCAACAAAGGUUACUGUAUGAGCAAUGCAGAAAACAAGAAUAUAAAAUCGAUGCAAGGAGUUAAGAAAGGAAUGAAAUGGCAAGUAUCGUCUAAAGGUGGUGGUGGCGGUAAAAAUCAAUAUCAAUUAGAUGCAGGUCAAAAACAUUUUGGAGCUACACAAUGUACUGAAUGUGGUAUCGUUUAUCAAUUGGGUGAUCCUGAGGAUGAAAAUGCUCAUUUAAAUUAUCAUAACAGCAUUAGAACUUUAAGAUUUCAAGGUUGGAAAAACGAAAGAAUUAUCAUGGAGGAUCCCUUAACAUCGAGUAGAAUAAUUUUAAUAGAACCAUCCGAUUCUAAACAAUGUUGGAAAAAGGUAACAGAAAUUUUGAACGUCGUCGACAGAGAUUUAGGUUUAGCUGAUUCAAAUUAUAGCGAUAAACAGGUAUAUUUAUACAUCAAAGAUAAAAACGUAUUGGGCGUGCUGGUAGCAGAGCACAUAGAAACUGCAUUUCGUAUGAUACCAGAGUUAAUAGAUUUAAAUUGUUGUACAUCUGAAAAAACACCUGCUAAGUGUGGUAUUAAUGUUGUAUGGACAACAAUGAGUCAUCGCAAACAAGGCAUAGCUACGAAACUUGUAGAUACUCUGAGAGCUAAUUUUUUCUAUGGGUACAUAAUGUCCUUAGAUGACAUCGCAUUCUCCACUCCAACACCUAGCGGGAAAUUAUUUGCAGAGAAGUAUACCAAAAGCAAAAAUUUUAAAGUCUACAAUUGAUAAAUUACAGAUUUACUGAGGUUUCUUUGUACAGCUUCGAUUCCAUUUUCUCGAAAGACAUUAGAAAAUUCGUUAAACAUGUUAGAAAAAGUCUUCUUCGUUGUCAUCCUCUUUUGCAUACAACAACUGAUAUCUACAAGCUGGUUACACACAAUGAAUUUGAAGAACGUGUUUCUUCAGGUAAAUUUUUGAUAUAUAAACAUAAAACUUUUAAAAAAUUACUUUUAAGAUGAGGAAUACUGA